GAUAAUUCAAUCUUUUUGGAGGUAUAUAAAUCGUUUUUGUUCCCCAAAGCUACCAAUCGAAGCAUAUUAUCGCAAGUGAACUUAUUCAAAACAACACCAAAAUGAAAGGUCUAGUAAUUGUUGCAUUAGCUGCUUUGAUUGCAAUUGCUUCGGCAUAUCCACAAAACGGUUGGGAUAGCCAGUCUCAAAAUAACAACGGCCAAUGGGGCGGAUGGGGUCAAUCCGCACAACCAGGACAAUCUCCUUCUGGACAACAAAACCAGCCUCAGAUCCAAGAUCCAUCUGACAGUCGGGACGCAAAAGAUGAAACAUCAAAUGAAAUUGACGCAACAGUCGGUACAGCUAUUGUUGCCAUCAAUGGAAGCGUUUAUUACCGGAUUCAAUAUGCUUCCGAUGAAGCCAAAGCUGAUAACAAAGAUCAAUCCAGUCAAAAGCCAGCUUCGACUCCAAGCCAAAGUUAAAUUAUAUGAUUGAAUGGAACAUUAAUGUACACGUACAUAAGUAUUAAAUAAAUAUCUUUGGAAAAUAAAAUUCAUAUCAUAACGCUGAAA